GCAUGACAAAGUCAAAUUAUAAUGUAUUUAGAACAAGAAUAAGUUUUUUUUUUAUUAUUUGGGCAUAGUGGUCAAAGUAUUUUGGUAAGACGAGUAGCUUGGACGAGUUAUAGUAAUAUUACAAUAACGAAAUAAAGAUAAUUAUUCGUAAUUGCAAUCACUUGUUAAUAAAAGUUCAUCCAAUAUUCGUACGUACGUGUAAAUAUGAUGAGGUGAAUAGCGUUGAGUUUGUACGUGUUUUGCUGGAUAUAUAAUAAUGCCUUCGACCGGAACGGCUGGCCGAUCUAAGGUAGAUAGGUCCACCAGUCCUCUUUCGAGGAAGUUGGUAAAUUCAGUGAAUCAGAUUAAUCCAGCAAAUCCAGUUCAGGAAUUGAAGGCCCUUUUUUCUGAACCACCUUUAAGAGUACCAAAUGGUGGUAAGGAACAAGAUUUCCGAUUUGAAGCUAUUCAAUGUCUGCAGUCAACUGUUGUAAAGGAAACCCAAGAUUUACCGGAUCGAGGAUCAUGGAGCAGCAAGGUGGAAUUUAUUUUAUCGGUAGUGGGUCUCGCGAUCGGUUUGGGAAAUUUAUGGCGAUUUCCUUACCUUUGUUACAAGAAUGGAGGUGGUGCCUUCAUGGUUCCUUAUUUCAUAGCUUUGGCACUUGCCGGUGUACCCAUGUUCCUAAUGGAACUAUCCUUGGGUCAAAUGAUGACCAUAGGUGGCCUUGGAGUCUUUCAAAUUGCUCCGAUUUUUAAAGGUAUUGGAUAUGCAACCUGCGUGCUCUCCUGCUGGACAAAUAUUUAUUACAUUAUUAUACUAGCGUGGGCACUAUUCUAUUUCUUAGUUUCUCUACAGUCAGAUGUGCCAUGGAGAACUUGUGGUAAUUCAUGGAACACAAACUUCUGUAUCACCCCCACAGAACGUCUCGAAGCUAUUUGCUGGCCAGACGAAGAGGACACUGUAUGCGCUACUUCGAUCGGUAACUUCAGUCAUACGUUACUCAAGGAUCCAGUCCAAGAGUUUUGGGAGAGGCGCACACUUCAAAUUUCUUCAGGGGUUGAUGCCGUGGGUGGAAUAAGAUGGGAAUUAGCAGGUACUUUGGCUGUCGUAUGGAUCAUGUGUUAUUUUUGUAUUUGGAAAGGAGUUAAAUGGACAGGAAAGGUUGUUUAUUUCACUUCGUUGUUUCCAUACGCAUUGCUAGCAGUUUUAUUAGUAAGAGGUUUAACUCUACCAGGUGCGAUUGAAGGUCUGAAAUAUUACGCUACACCAAAUCUUACGAAACUUGGUGAACCAGAGGUAUGGAUAGACGCAGUGACGCAAAUAUUCUUUUCUUAUGCACUGGGACUAGGUGCUCUCGUUGCGCUCGGAAGUUACAACAAAUUUAAUAAUAAUGUUUAUAAAGAUGCUCUUAUAGUUUGCACAGUUAAUUCAUGUACAAGUAUGCUCAGUGGUGUUGUCAUAUUUUCUGUGGUGGGUUUUAUGGCACAAGAACAAAAUAAACCAGUUGCCGAUGUUGCUGCUUCCGGUCCAGGUUUAGCUUUCUUAGUUUAUCCUUCGGCGGUACUUCAAUUGCCCGGUGCAUCGAUUUGGUCGUGUUUAUUUUUCAUAAUGCUUUUAUUGAUCGGUUUGGAUAGUCAGUUUUGUACCGUGGAAGGCUUUAUAACUGCAGCUGUUGAUGAAUGGCCGAGACUUUUAAGAAAACGCAAAGAAAUAUUCAUAGCUUUUGUUUGUUUUAUCUCGUAUCUAAUUGGUCUUUUGUGUAUAACCGAGGGAGGAAUGUAUGUUUUUCAACUUUUGGAUUCCUACGCCGUCAGUGGAUUUUGUCUUUUAUUUUUGAUGUUUUUUGAGUGUAUCGCAGUAUCAUGGGCAUUCGGAGUUAAUCGUUUUUAUGAUGGUAUACGAGAUAUGAUCGGUUAUUAUCCCUGUUGUUGGUGGAAAAUAUGUUGGCUAUUCACUACACCAGCGAUUUGUGUGGGUGUAUUUAUAUUUAAUAUAAUUAAAUUUAGCCCUGUUAAAUAUCUUUCAUACGAAUACCCAUGGUGGAGUCAUCUGUUGGGGUGGUUAUGUGGUUUAUCAUCUAUGAUGUGUAUUCCGGUUUAUAUGGUUUAUAUUUGGUGUGUUACACCUGGAACUACCUCAGAGAAAUUUCGAAAGCUUGUAAGAAUAGAGGAAGAUGUUGCAACAUUACGUAUGAAAUUAAGUACUACAAAACCUGCUGCCAUUAAUUCAGGACUUGAAUUAUAAGUUUUUAAUAUUAUUAUUAUUAUUAUUUUUUUAUAUAUUGUAAAUAUUUGGUUGACAGUGAACUCGUUUAU